AUGGGCGGAGCCAUGUUGAGGCCAUGCUCUGGCCGGGGCGUGAUUGGAGUCGGACUCCUGGCUUUCCAGGCCUUCGGCACAAUCCGCAUGCCUGAGGAAUUCAAUGUGGAGAAGGAUUUCGAAGUCAAGAACAAGUAUCAGAAGGCGCAGAAAUACAUUCGAUGUGAGCUCUGCAGAUUAACGGUGGCGCACACACUGGAAUCUGUCGGCCUCAGCUUCACGGAGGACGAUGUGUACGAUCACAUCGAGAAAAUCUGCGAUGCCGAGGCUCUCUUUGCCCAGCACGAGCUGCUCGAGGUCGACGCCGGCUGGAGGAUGGUCCCAGUGUCUGCCUCCACCAACCGGACGGACCAUGCUGCGAGAUGGCAGUCCCAUGCCAUGAAGGAGCUUUGCGAUAACAUUAUCCGACCCUAUGAUGAUGAGAUCAAGGACGUUUUCCUGAAGCACCUCAAAAGCAAGAAGUCCAAGGCCAGAAGAUGCCAGAAGCCAUGCUAG